AAAUUAGAUGCCCGGUCUGGUAAAAUCUUAUGGCAAACCUUCAUGUUGCCCAACAAUUUUGGCAAGACCGGAGGAUAUGCCGGAGCAUCCGUAUGGGGAAGUAGCCCUCCAAUCGAUAUUCACCGAAAUGUUGUCUACAUUGCUACGGGAAACCUGUACUCUGUACCUGAAAAUAUCAGAAAAUGCCAGGAAAGGGAGAACAACCAGACAGCACCAACUCAUCCGGAUGAGUGUGUUGAGCCUGAUAACCACUCAGAAUCAAUCCUUGCCCUUGAUUUGGAUGCUGGAAAGAUCAAAUGGAAGCUGGACCUGGAGGAGUCGUUGGGGGAGGAACAUGGGGAGCUGCCACGGAUGAAAGAAGGGUGUACACUAACAUUGUCAACUCCAACCACAAGAAUUUCUCUCAAGCGAUCAGCAAAGAACACAACCGCUGGUGGAUGGUUGGCAAUGGAUGCUGAGACCAAGUGGCCAAUGGUGUCCUCUUUGCUCUUUGGUGGUUCAACCAAUCCUAAAGGACCCAUUUACGCAAUAGAUAUCCGAACUGUUAUAUGGGCAAAUAACACAGUGUUACCGUCUAUGGUGGCAUGUCAGAUUUUUGCAAUGGCAACAUCCUCUUCGUCAAUGGCUAUUCGUACCAGGCUGGAAGGGAUGGUGGCUAUGUCACCGUCUCCAAUUGUUAUCCUCUUCACUGACACUGAGCAGAAAGGGACCUAUAUAUGGAAUCAGUUCAGAGACUGGAAGGAUAUCGAUAUGGUGAUCUUAUGAUGCUGGAGCUUCUUCCUAAGGGAGCACGUUGAUGAGUAAUAACAGGUGCGUUCUUCUGGUUAAUGGAUAUAAUGCCAUUUUCCUUCUACCUCUACUAAAAAAUUUCCAGUGUC